AUGAAAGCUCCCACUGAACGAAAGAGCAAAGAGUCGGCUAAGACAUCUUCUACUAAACCGAAGAAAGGUUCGAGUGUGAGGCCUUCGACGGCUACCAAGAAGGAAGUUGAAGAACGUAAAUCAAAAUCGAAAAGUAAAGGUUCUAAGGAGAAGAGCGGGGAGUCGAUUUCCAAGCCACCCACUGAACAAGGGGAAGGACAGUUCUUAGUGACUAGGGCAACUACGGAGAUGAAGGAACAAACUUCGAUGACGAAACCAUCUACCGAAGAACAGAAGAAGGGAAGUUCAGUUGUAAAACCAUCCACUGAACCGAAGAGCACAGACUCAGCUAUGAAACCUCCAACCGAAGCAAAGAAGGAGAGUUCGGUCAUGAAACCACCCACUGGACAUAAGAAGGAAAGCUCGAUCAUGAAGGCACCCACUAAACGAAAGAGCAAAGAGUCGGCUAAGACAUCUUCUACUAAACCAAAGAAAGGUUCGAGUGUGAGGCCUUCGACGGCUACCAAGAAAGAAUAUGAAGAACGUAAAUCGAAAUCGAAGGAAAUUUCGACGAAACCAUCCACCGAACCAAAGAGUACAGACUCAGGUGUGAAGCCUCCAGGCGAACCGAAGAGGGAAAGCUCGAUAAUGAAACCACCGACUGGACCGAAGAGCACAGACUCAACUAUGAAGCCUCCAACCGAACCGAAGAAGAGGAGAACCGAGUGUGAUUCCAGGAAGUCUUCCCGAUUCCGUAAAGAAACCUGA